CAAACUCUCAGCUCUGCUGCUCUCUGUUGAACAGCUUCCACGUGUGCGUUUCUUAAUGUUCCUGGUUAGGUAGGCUACCUAGCUUUACAGACAAGUAUACUCAUGGUAGAUGAGAAAGGGAAGAACAUGAAAUGUCUCACCUUCUUCUUGAUGCUUCCAGAGACGGUCAAGAACAGGUCUAAGAAGAGUUCUAAGAAGGGAAAUAGCAGCAGCAGUAGCAGCAGUAGCAAAUUGCCUCCAGUUUGCUAUGAAAUCAUUACCUUGAAGACCAAAAAGAAGAAGAAGAUGGCUGCUGAUAUUUUUCCCCGAAAGAAACCAGCCAACACUAAUACAACUGCUGUCCAGCAGUACCACCAGCAAAAUCUUAAUAAUAACAACACUAUUCCAGCACCUAAUUGGCAAGGACUUUAUCCCACCAUCAGAGAGAGAAAUGCAGUGAUGUUCAACAAUGACUUGAUGGCAGAUGUUCAUUUUGUGGUCGGGCCACCAGGUGGGACCCAGCGGCUGCCGGGACACAAAUAUGUCCUGGCUGUUGGGAGCUCUGUAUUCCAUGCAAUGUUUUAUGGGGAGCUUGCUGAGGACAAAGAUGAAAUCCGUAUACCAGAUGUUGAGCCUGCUGCUUUUCUCGCAAUGCUGAAAUACAUAUAUUGUGAUGAAAUUGAUCUGGCUGCAGAUACCGUACUGGCCACUCUUUAUGCUGCCAAGAAGUAUAUCGUCCCUCACCUUGCCCGUGCCUGCGUCAACUUUCUAGAGACAAGUCUAAGUGCAAAGAAUGCUUGUGUGCUGCUUUCCCAGAGCUGCUUAUUCGAGGAACCUGACCUGACCCAGCGCUGUUGGGAAGUGAUUGAUGCCCAAGCUGAACUAGCUUUGAAGUCUGAGGGGUUCUGUGACAUUGAUUUUCAGACACUUGAAAGCAUUCUCCGAAGGGAGACUUUGAAUGCCAAAGAAAUUGUUGUUUUUGAAGCAGCUCUGAACUGGGCUGAAGUGGAAUGUCAGCGACAAGAGCUGACGGCUACCAUAGAGAACAAGCGCAAAGUCCUGGGGAAGGCUCUAUAUUUAAUACGCAUCCCUACCAUGGCACUCGACGACUUCGCGAAUGGUGCUGCUCAGUCUGGGAUUCUGACUCUGAAUGAAACCAAUGAUAUAUUCCUCUGGUACACAGCUGCCAAAAAGCCAGAGUUACAGUUUGUAAGCAAGCCUCGGAAGGGCCUCGUUCCUCAGCGAUGCCACCGUUUCCAGUCCUGUGCUUACCGCAGCAACCAGUGGCGCUACCGUGGCCGGUGUGACAGCAUCCAGUUUGCUGUUGAUAAGAGAGUGUUUAUCGCUGGCUUCGGGCUGUAUGGCUCCAGCUGUGGAUCAGCAGAGUACAGUGCCAAAAUUGAACUCAAACGACAAGGAGUUAUUCUAGGCCAGAACUUGAGUAAAUAUUUCUCAGAUGGUUCUAGUAACACUUUUCCCGUGUGGUUUGAAUAUCCAGUGCAGAUUGAGCCUGAUACCUUUUACACAGCUAGUGUGAUUCUUGACGGUAAUGAACUCAGCUAUUUUGGACAAGAAGGAAUGACAGAAGUUCAGUGUGGGAAGGUGACUGUUCAGUUUCAGUGCUCUUCGGACAGUACAAAUGGCACUGGGGUACAGGGAGGGCAAAUUCCUGAACUCAUAUUUUAUGCUUGAAUGAAAGUGUAUGGAGUUGGAGCAUUUUGCUACAAAGAACCAUUCCAGUUCAGGACUGCUGACGCUUUGCUUUUUAUCUGCAGAUAAUGUGAUGUACAGGUAAUAUGUAACUAAAUGCUAUGGGCAAGUUACUGGCUUGCUAUAAUUGUAGCAAUGUUGGUGAUAAAGUUUAAGAGUAAAAUUUAACUUUAAACUGGAAGCUCUGAGGAGCAAGCAAAUCUUUGUAGGUGAGGUGCCUGUUUGCUGGUGAUGCUGACCCUUUGCACCUGUGAAUCACCAGGGAAUGUCUCCUUGUAUCUCACCAAAUGCCGUCCUCACUGAUCCAUUUUCUUUUUCUCCAUUUCCUGCUUUCUGCUUGUAAUUGCUUGGAGGGAGGUAGGGGUAGAAAAUGAAGCACCUUGUUUUAGAGCUCUCUCUUCAGUCUGUUGUUCAGAUUUAAGAGAUUCCAAUAAUGAGCUGCUUUUGAUCAUGAGAGCUAAAUGAAGUGCUUCAGCUGUAAGACGAAAAAACAUAAGUUUAAACCUUCAUCCUUAGAGAAGUGUGGUCAGUGGGUUGAGGGAAAUGAUUCUCCUCCUCUAUUCUGCUCUCCUGAGGCCCCACCUGGAGUACUGCAUCCAGUUCUGGAGCCCCUUUUACAGGAGGGACGUGGAUGUGCUAUAGCGUGUCCAGAGAAGGGCCGCAAGGACGCUCAAGAGGACUGCAGCACCUCUCCUGUGAGGACAGACUGAGAAAGUUGGGGUUAUUCAGUCUGGAGAGGAGAAUGCUCCGAGGAGACCUUAUUGCAGCCUUUCAGUCUCUGAAAGGGGGCUACAAGAAAGGUGGUGAGGGACUUUCUAGGAUGUGAGGUAGUGAUAGGACUGGGGGGAAUGGGUUCAAACUAGACGAGGGUGGAUUCAGGUUGAAAGUUAUGAAGUUCUUCACUAUGAGAGUGGUGAGACACUGGAACAGGUUACCUGGAGAGGUGGUGGAAGGCCCAUCCCUGAAGUUUUUUAAGGCCAGACUGAACAGGGCUCUGAGCAACUUGAUCUAGUGGUAAGUGUCCCUGCCCAUGGCAAGGGGGGUUUGAACUAGAUGAUCUUAAAGGUCCCUUCUAACCCUGAAAAUUCUAUUAUUCUGUGAUCCUGUGUCAUUCUCUGUGUCCAACUGUUUGGGAUGGCUGCAGGGGAAAAUGGAGAGGACCAAGCAGUUUUCAAGAAGAUACACAACAUAUCUACAGUGCAUGGACGUGUUUUCAGUGAGGAGGAGGGGAAGCAAGCUUAGGAAGUUACUUAGAGCUCCAUAUUCAUAGGAAUCCCACUUCGAAGAUAAGGAAGUAUUUUCACAUGCUCAAAUUGUAUAUGCAGCUCUUGAAACUCUACCCCUAUGACCUAGUUUUUACUACAUUGAAGUUGAUUUGCUAUUUAAAUUGCUUUUCUUUGAACUCUUGCCAAAUAAAUGGGAAUUAAAUACCUAUCAUCUGAUGCAGGAUAAUUUUUAUUUGUUUUUAGAUGGUUUUUUUUUCUUUUCUCCUAAACGUGGUAGAGGAAGAUUAUAAAGAAACAAAAUAAUGUACCAAUCCUGAUUUGGACUUUUUUUCUGCAAUGUCAGAGUUCUUUUUAUUACCAUAGCUUACCAGUGGAAAGUUAGACAAAGCAGAUUCCCACCUGUGGUUGUAUUACACUUAGUGUAUAUCAUCAGAUAACAGAGGAAAUGAAAGUCUUUGAUGGGUUAAUGUUGGAUCUCUUGCAACUGCUUAUGGCUACGUGGCAAUCAGAGGAUUAUGUGGCACAGAACCUUGUCUGCUUUUUUUCCUUUCUUUCUUUCUUCAGACUUCCUGUUGUAUGUCUCUAUUGUUUUUGGAAAAGUGUUAGGGAUCAUGACUCCUUUUAUCCGGGAAGGAAAACAGUAUAAAUAAGACAUACAGGUACUAUUUAAAUGUAAGAAUAUCGUUUACCACUAUGUUGGGACAGUUGCUUCUCAAAGGCACACUGCCUAUUGCAAACCAUCUCAUUCUUAUUUCUUCUAUGAAGUGGGUUCUGUUUGUUACGUAUGUUUUAACAAAAUGAGAGGACCAAAUGAUUGUUUAGACAGCUUGAAGAUUAAUGUUACAGUAUAUCAACACAUUAAUGUAGCAUAACCCUAAAUCCACUUGUCAGUUUUGUAAUAAAAAUGUUUUUCUCAGAUGAUUUCUUACCAGUUUAAUACUCUUACUCUAAGUGUUUCUUGACGGCCGGAAUCCUGGCCGCUGGCCAUCAGAAAGUGCCAAUACAUCUUUGUGGUGUCCAAAAUACCAUCUGAAGUAAGGAAAACAGGAGCAUAGACAUCAAACAGUUUAUGGCCAAAGCACAGAUCGUUUCUCUAGGUAAUAAAAGGAGAGCCAGAUACAAAAUUGCCCUGCAAGAUCUAUGCUUUUCACCCAUGUUAGUUUAAAAUCUUUUAUGUACAUUCAUACGUGUAUGUGUGUGAGCAGCAUUCUUUUUUGAAGUGUAAAUACCCUCAAAAAGCUGUAGGAAAAGGUUUUUGGGUUUUUGUAACAGAUGUACAUUUUGCAGACCAGUAGUGAAAUCUAAACAGUAAGCUCCAUGGAGAACUCUUCUGGAAGAGGUUUAAAAACCUUCCAGUUGAUUAUGUUUAUAUCUGUGGCCUAAAAUAGACAAGUAUAAAUUGUAUGGGCUGGAGGAAGAGCUGCUGAAGAGACUGCAAAAAGGAAUCCAAGACUGUGAUGAGGUAAUGUUUAUCUUCUUUUAGACAACAUCUGAGCAGUAGUCCCAUUUAUUUAAAUUCAUUUGAAAGCAGAGAAAGAUGGUAAUCAGCUGAUGAAGUUUUCUUACAGCAAGCAGUUGAUGUAGAUGCAAUUACUCUGAGUGAUGAUUUGAUUGACAAGUCACUUGCAAUAUCAAGCUGCAUUCUGAGUUGUUUGGAAAAAAAAUAAUGCCUCAGCUGGUGGGACAAAUCAGAGUGCUGCAUUGCUAUGAAAAGACUUGGGUUCUCACCCGUUAUUUUUUGGAUUUUACUUAUAUGCAAAUAAAGAUGAAGUAUCAACUGCUUUCACUGGAUGGAACAGAAGCUGCAAGAUCAGGAUACUGUGUAGCUGUAAUAUGUAGAAAAUUAGCUUAUUUAAUUAUUAAUUGCUGCUUUUAUGCAGUCUUUUUGGGCAUAGUAGGAUGAAAGCUACCUCUAGCUUAAUUCUUCCAUGUCCAUUCCAGGUUUUAGGAGCUGAUGAAUGUCAGGUUUUUCAAUAUGAAUGAAUAAACAUAAGCACCCUAAAAUACUUCGAUGCUUCCACCACUGCUUGAUACUAACAAAUACUGGUGUAUAAGAAAGUGGCAAGUACCAGUCACCUUAGAGCAUGAGGGCACUUCAGCAAGUAUCUGAAUGUAGAUUUGGUUGGUUUAGCAGCAGUAUCCAAGCUUGAACGCAUUGAUGACGUUUAGCAAGCAUCAACUGUAUCAACCUGAAAUGUGAGCAUCAUGUCAACAGCAAUCCUUUCAUAGAUUUUUUCUUAAAAUGUACCUGGCCAUCUUUGCUACUGGUAUGUUUCUUUUUCCUGGUGAGAGGAUUCUGUGGCAAGAGAGUAUAACGUAAUAUACUCUCUGCAUAUCUAAAAUAGUAUUUAAGUAAGCAUUUUAUUUUCCACAUACUUCUUGCACUGAACUGUUUUUGUUGUUUGUUUUGUUUUGUUUUGUUUUUAUUUGUUGUGGUAAACUCAGCUAACUUAAGGUCCCAGUUCUUUGUGCUGGAGUGGUAUUUGACCUUAGCAGGCUUACAGCAUUAUUUAUAAAGGACAAAUAUAUAUAAAUAUGAAGUACCUCAUGUUGAAUGUGAUUGUACUGUAUCUUUAAUGUCACAGCGCAGAUCUUGUUGGACUCAUGAAUGUGUAUAAUGGCGUUAAACAUGCAAAUAAAAAUAGUUCUUAAA